AUGGCAAAAAACGAUGAUGCUAUCUCGUCUUCUCUGGAUGAAAAAGAUAUUGAAUCAGGCGUUGGAGCGGGAAAGAGUGAUUAUGGAAAUGAUAUCGAUUCUGCGUCAUCAACCACAAGCUCCAGCUCUGACGAUUAUGCUGAAGGCGUCACACGAAUUGCGACAUUAGUGGACCCUGAUAUUACCAGGAUAGCUACCAAAGCUUCUCGAGCUUCUGGAAAGUCUGGGAGAACGGCAAAAGAUCUUGAAUCAGUUCUCGGGACAGAGUUUGAGGUCAAGUGGGAAGGUCCAGAUGAUCCACAGAACGCUUUAAAUUGGACGACUAAGACGAAGGCUUUAAUUCUUGCAUUGGUAUCCUUACAGACUUGGAUGGUCGUUUUUUACUCUACCUCUUAUGUCUCCGGCUCUCCCGGGAUCAUGAAAGAGUUUGGUAUAACAUCUAAGACCAUCGCCACGUUAGGUAUGACAACAUAUAUGCUUGGGCUGGCAGCCGGACCGUUGGUUUUGGCACCAAUGAGCGAGCUUUACGGGCGAAGACCAGUCUACCUGAUUUCCCUGUCAUUAUUUUUCAUCCUCGUGCUCCCAGCAUGUCUAGCUCAGAACUUUGCGACUAUCCUUAUAGUUCGCUUUUUAGGGGCUUUCGCUGGAUCAGUCACAAUAUCAAACGCACCUGGAACUAUUGGGGAUAUCUUCGAUGAGCAUGGUCGAACUAUGGCAAUUACUAUUUUCUCACUAGCUCCAAUGAACGGACCUGUGCUUGGACCGAUUAUUGGCGGUUUGGUUUAUGGACACCUUGGGUGGAGAUGGACCAGCUGGCUAGUUUUCAUCAUUGCUGGAGUACUAGGUGUUUUAGCAUUUUUCAUUCCGGAAACAUACGCCCCUGUUCUUAUGCGAAAGAAGGCGGCAAGGCUUCGCAAAGAGACUGGAGACGAUAGAUAUAUAUCAAGGUUCUGUUACAAAGAUGGUGAAGGUGACUUUUGGGUAUUAAUCAAGACCAGUCUACAACGACCAAUCAUCAUGUUGUUUACUGAACCACUCUGUAUAUUUUGGGCACUUUACAUUGCGGUUAUCUACGGUAUUCUCUACCUUUGCUUCACAGCAUAUCCAAUUGUUUUUGCUCAGAUUCGUGGCUGGGGCCCAUCAACUGCUGGCCUUGCAUUCUGUGGCAUUGGUGUUGGCACGAUAUUGUCGGCUAUACUAGAUCCAGUCAACCAGAAGAUCUAUGAGAUGCAUAAAGUAGACCCAGAUACAGGCAAGAGACCACCAGAGGCCCGUAUUGCGUGCACAUGUCUUGCCGCAGUCCUGAGUCCUGCCGCAAUGUUUUGGUUUGCUUGGACCUGUGUGCCAACCAGUAUUCACUGGAUCUGGCCUAUUCUGAGUGGAAUUCCUUUUGGGUUGGGAAACACUUGGAUAUUUUUGCACGGGAAUAGUUACCUAAUCACGAGUUAUGAUGUUUAUGCUGCCUCUGCUUUGGCGGGGAACACUGUAACGAGAAGCAUUCUUGGCGGAAUCUUGCCUCUAUUUGGCCCUCAGCUAUACUCAAAACUAGGUCCGAAUUGGGCGGCGACUACAGUUGGGUUUAUCUCAAUGGCGCUCAUUCCAAUCCCAUGGGGAUUUUAUAAAUGGGGCAAGCAAGUAAGAAUUCGGUCGCCAAUGUUGCAGCGAUUGCAGAAGGAAAGACAAGAAAGGGGCGAAGAGUAA